ACUAUAAUAUAUUAGUAGAUGACAACUCUUACACUAAAAGUUGUAUACUUGUAUAUUUGAGUAUGUGACCCCAAAACUUUAUGCUAGUUUUUUCCUCUCUUCCCUCUCCAUGUUCCUCAACUACUCUCAUUUAUUUCUCUACAUUCAUUGCUUACCACACUUAAACACCCUGUUUGAUUUCUCUAUAAUAUUUUCUUAGAAAGAAAGAGAGAGAAAUUACAAGGAAAAAACACUUAUUUUUUUCAAAUUUUUCUAGAGUGUAAAAAAAUACUCUAGAUAGGUGGGGUGAUUUCAUCUUUAAAGUUUUUCAACAACCUUUCAGAGCAUUUAUAGUGACACAUCUUAUGAGAUUAAGAAGAGACGGUGUAAUGUGAAGAAAACCAGUCUGGCCUUAUUAACUUCUUCACCUAUAAAUCUCUUUCUCCAUAACACACUCACAUUGUACAUUUCUAUUGCAUCAUAAUAAUAAUAAUAAUAAUAACACUCUCUCACUCUUUCUUUCCUCACAUUUUCCUCUUUUCUUCAUUCAACCAAUUCAACCAAUUUUUUACUUACUAUAUAGCUCAACCUUCUCAACAAAGUGUUCUUCAUUCACAACCAUUAAUUCUUGAAGGUUUGAGCUUUUGAUUCUUGGGUUGUGACAACAUUAUACUACACAACAAAAGGUUAAGACAGUGUUUGGUGGCUUUGGUCAAAAAAAUGGAAACUUGUACGGCUCUAUUGAUUUUAACGGCUAUUACAGCUUACUUAUUGUGGUUCACUUUCAUCUCACGGUCAUUGAGAGGUCCACGUGUCUGGCCACUAUUGGGCAGUCUACCGGGCCUAAUCGAAAAUUGUGAACGUAUGCAUGAUUGGAUCUGUGACAACCUCCGCGCGUGUGGUGGCACAUACCAGACCUGCAUCUGUGCAAUCCCUUUUUUAGCUAAGAAGCAAGGUCUCGUGACCGUCACGUGCGACCCGAGGAACUUGGAGCAUAUACUGAAGACCCGGUUCGACAAUUACCCGAAAGGUCCGACGUGGCAAGCAGUGUUUCAUGAUUUGUUGGGUGAUGGAAUCUUUAACUCUGAUGGUAACACGUGGUUGUUCCAGCGUAAAACAGCCGCGCUGGAAUUUACCACCCGGACAUUGCGCCAAGCCAUGGCUCGAUGGGUUAGCCGAGCCAUUAAGGACCGGCUUUGCACAAUUUUGAAGAAAGCUGAGGUGCAAGGUGAGCCGGUGGAUCUACAAGACGUGAUGCUCCGGCUCACGUUUGACAAUAUUUGUGGUUUGGCUUUUGGGAGAGACCCGCAAACAUGUGCCACGGGUUUGCCUGAAAACGGCUUUGCAGCCGCUUUUGAUAAAGCCACUGAAGCCACGCUUCAGCGGUUUAUUUUACCUGAGGUGUUGUGGAAGGUGAAGAAAUGGCUUGGACUUGGUAUGGAAGUCGGCUUGAGCCGAAGCCUUGGUUUUGUGGACGAGCAUUUGUCAAGUGUGAUUGAGAAGCGUAAAGUCGAAUUGAUGAGUCAGCAGAAAGAUGGGUCCCUUCUUCAUGAUGACCUGCUGACUAGGUUUAUGAGGAAGAAAGAAUCUUAUUCAGACAAGUUUCUUCAACAUGUGGCAUUGAACUUCAUCCUAGCUGGACGUGACACAUCAUCGGUUGCGUUGAGCUGGUUUUUCUGGUUGGUCAUUCAAAAUCCAAGGGUGGAAGAGAAGAUCCUACGCGAGAUUUGCACGGUCUUGAUGGAGACACGUGGCACUGACAUGGAAAAGUGGACGGAUGAGCCGUUGGGAUUUGAAGAAGUUGAUCAAUUGGUUUAUCUUAAAGCUGCCUUGUCGGAGACACUAAGGUUGUACCCUUCGGUGCCAGAGGAUUCAAAGCAUGUGGUGAACGAUGAUGUGUUGCCGGAUGGAACUUUUGUUCCGGCAGGAUCAUCGGUGACAUACUCGAUAUAUUCAGCCGGGAGAUUAAAGUCAACAUGGGGUGAGGAUUGCUUGGAAUUUAGACCUGAGAGGUGGUUGUCAUUGGAUGGAACAAAGUUCAUCAUGCAUGACUCUUUCAAGUUUGUUGCAUUCAAUGCUGGCCCUAGAAUCUGUUUGGGGAAGGAUUUGGCAUAUCUUCAAAUGAAGUCUAUUGCUGCUGCUGUUCUGCUCCGCCACCGUCUUGCGGUGGUUCCCGGCCACCAGGUGGAGCAAAAGAUGUCACUCACCUUGUUCAUGAAAAAUGGGCUCAAGGUUAAUGUUUACAACAGGGAUUUGAAGGGUGUUUUUGCAAAUAUAGAAAAUGCAAAGGUGGGAGAUAUUCAGGGGAAAGUGUCCAAUGAUUUGAAAUGCAAUGGAAGUUAGUGUUGUGUUUCAAAAGAAGAGAAUUUACAAUUCAGCCAUUUGGGGCUUUAAUUUAUAGAAGAGAGAACAGGGUGGAAAAAAAGAAGAAAAAAAUAAAAAAUAACAGGGUAUAUUUUAUUCAUGGUAUGUUAUAUAAAAAUUUAUUAUAAUUCAUAUGAGAAUUGUCAAUGGAUUUAUUUCUUUUAUGGUA